UGUAGUAGGCGAGAUGCAAUUCCUGCCAUCCCAUGUAGAGACAGAGCUAACCAUUGGCUAGAGGGUGUAUAUUCGGGUGGCCGGUCACAAACCACUAACAGGGUCAAUCUUGGAAGGAAGAGACAGUGAAAUAUUAAUGAGCCAUGUCAGGGAGAAGUUUGGGUGAUUAGGUUGAACUGUGCACUGUGCACUGUGAUGCCCGUGACAAGUAUGUUUAUAUAGACAGAAGGUUUCACCCACUAUCCCAUGUGCCAUUGAUUAUCAGUGUAAGUGGUUUCCAAGGAGGAUAACAGUUUUGUUUUAUGUGAUUGGCAGGAAGCUUUAUCCAUGCCAUUGAUUUGUGAUGUCACGGCGACUGUCAAGGAAUUUCACCCCAGCCGGAUAAACUGUGAGCAGUGUUAUUCUGUUUAUUGGUAACCAUUCAACGACAAGUCUUUGUCAAUAUCAGAGCAAAUGUGUGCCAGGCUUGAAUCCGUAUUGUGUAUACAUGCCGACUAGCUGACCACUUGUAAUAGCCGUGUCUGUUUCCCCUCCUUGCAGAUCCGGAGUGUAUAGACUGGUGGCGGGUGAUAUGGACUCGUAUUCCUGGCUAGGCUCAGCUAGCGUAUGUCAUGACUAGGAUAUACAUUACUAUGGGACUUACUGUUGAUGGAUAUAGACGGUGAAACAGACUGUUGAGUAGAGCGAGCGUUUGUGCUGCCACCAGGGGGCGACACUGCUGCCUCCAUGUGGUUGCUACCCGAGCCUACCAUGGGCUGCGGAAGGAGUAAGCAUAGCUCCAAAAACAGCUCCGAUGACUCCGCCGACCGUGAAGUAAAGCAAGCACAGAAACUUCUCGCAAAGACGGACAAGAGCAAUAAAAUAGGUGACAAGAAGGAGAAUGAGGACCCUAUUCGAACGAACACAGUCAAGAAUGGAGGCAGCAAGAGAGAGAGGGCGGCGAGAAAACAAGAAGAAAAGCUGACAUUAUCCCCCCUCAAAUCAGCAAACACAAACUUUGUAAAUAACGGAACCGUGAAUGUUUCCAAUACAAGAGAUGUGCAAGACAGUCAUAAAAGUGACAAGUUUUUGGAGAGUCGAACACGAACAUCCUUUAAGGACAGGCCGGCACCGGGCAAUCCUCAAAAUGUGCAAAAUCUUACAACUAGUCAAAUAGAAUUUUUCAAAAUGCUGGAUGAAAAAAUAGAACAAGGAAGAGAUUACGAUGUUGAGGAAUCCUCCGAAGACUGACCUCUACCUUCCACCCCUUUCAUUGAGAAAUGGACUCUCCCAUCCUGCCAGCUAUCCCACAAGCAACAUUGUUACAUCAGAUACUGUUUGACAGCCAUGGUACAACAAUGUUACAGUAGUGGUACAACAUUGUUACAUCAGAUACUGUUUGACAGCCAUGGUACAACAAUGUUACAGUAGUGGUACAACAUUGUUACAUCAGAUACUGUUUGACAGCCAUGGUACAACAAUGUUACAGCUGUGUUACACUGUUGCAUCUCCUCGACAAGUGUGGUUCUGCACCAUAUGCUCAGUCUCUUCUUGUGUUUCCAUGGACAGUGUCCCUUCACGUGUUUUUGUUCCUUGAAAACACACUCACUCAACAGGAUGGAAGCAUAGGCUUAUAUGUGCUGCAAGAUCUUCAUCAAGAUUUCUCAGGAUUACGGAUGGAUACAACUGUACUAGUGUCCAUCUAAGAUUUGAGGCCACUGUUCCUGUGAUAUUAAAUCAGUACAUUUGUUUAUUAUCCUUUAAUUCAAUAGAGGAGGAAUAGUUCUGCAAGGAUAUACUUUGUAGAACGGUCUUGUAGUCUUAGACAGAAGACGCUGCCGUGCUUUCCUUUGAUUUAGACACAGUUUGCAUCAGCCAAAAUGGUGUUUACGCUAUGUGUAAAAGGGCUUAAUCAAAACAUGUAUAGAAUGCAGUUCUGGUAUUUCAUGUAGUACCACAUUCCAAGUCUAUUGUGUUCUUACAGUCUGUUGUGAGACAUCACUCAUAAUUCUGUGUUUGCUUUUCUUAGUAUUUAUUGUUGACUGUAAACUUUGUUCCUGACCAGCGUGGGUGCUUGUGUAAAUUGGUACAGUUGGUAAAUUGGUAAGUAAACAGUGAUCAUCUUUGUCUUCUCCAGUUUAUUAACCUUUGGAAAUGUUUUAUAAUAACUUAAUACUAUUUGAAUAUUAAGAGUAAGAAUGACAAGGCAAUAACAAAUAUAUUAUUAAUUUUUUAUUUUUUUUAAAAAACUGGAAACUUAAUUUUUAUAUUGAUGAAACAAGUUCAGAAGAUAGGACACCAUAAUUUAACUGGAAUAUUAGUGAGUGCAGCUUUAAGCAAUAAACAAACAAGCACACAUGACAUAUGCAAUGUUUCUGAUAAAAGUACCAAAAUAUGUAUCAUGGCUGAUUUUUGCUUGUUUUGGAGUGGGCAUGAAAAGACUAGUACAUGUAGUCACUUAGGGUCAUUGGAUAUAGAUUUGUAGCUUAUUAAUCUUCCUAAGGGUUAUUUGUUUGGAGGUGUUUUUCACCAUGAAAUAUUAUAAGUUAGUUUAUGACAAAAUAUUUUUACUUAUUGAGGAAUUACUUUUAAAAAAUAAACAUUUUGGUUAGAUAUGUACAAAGGUGUCAGUGAAUAGACAAAAGCUUGAAGUACAAUCGUGACACCCCCAGUCCCCACACCCACUGCCACAUCACACAGACAUGCACCUCCCCACCCAACGCACAGAUGCAUGCUGAUUGUGGCAAAUCGGAUAAAUAAGUGAUUGAUUGGUUGUUAAAUGGUAGUAAACUUGUCAACAUGAGUUAAUUAACCCUGCCCCAGUUGAUUUUCUUUGAAUAAGGUAUUUAUUUAUCAACACACUUUAGAUUUAUAAAUUGUUGGGCAUUUGGAUGUAAAUUGCUACAUUGUUACCUAAUCAAAAAGUUUUCAAUCCUGAAAUUAAGUGCAUUAAUAACAUCAGAGAUAUUUAAAAAUUUUAUUGCAAGUAUUAAGUAAAAUAAUGAGUGCACACUGUAGUCAUUGAUGGGUGAAAUUUAAAAACAAAUUAACUGUUAGUAAAAUAUGCUAGAUAGCAAGGUCUUCAUUGGUUGAGUGUCAGUCCAUUUCUACUUGCUCCAUCUUCAUGUAUCAUAUUAGUCAUCAACGACUGCCACAAGGGGAGGUCACUCCCAUGAUAUUAGCUUCUUGUUGGGAGAACCUGUUGGAUACCUCUUAGUACGUCAGAUAUUUGUAUAUGUCCGUUCACACAAGCAACAUAGGAUAGCUGUGCAUGUUGAUAAUUUCUCUUGCAUGUCACUUGUCUUACAUCCCCAAUUUAUUGAGGGAAACUGAGGCCAUUAGAUAUAUGGAUGGAACCUUUUAGACUCCUUGACUGAAAAUCUGACUGAGUAAGCAUAGUACAAUUUAGACUUUGUGUUCAAGGUUUGUUGGGGAUCAAUGUACCGGCACAUCACCUCAUUAAAGUACCUGUGUCUCAAGGCUCGACCUGGACCUAAGUACCCGAUUUUAAAGGUGAUAUGCCACACAAUCAACAUUUAAAAAAUAAAAUAAUGUCUGCAGACAGUGUAUUGUUUCUCUUCCAUGUCGGAAACACACGUUAGUGAAGUGAAGAUGUGAGUUAUCUCCCCUGGCUCAAGUACGAGUACCAUCACCCCCCUAGUCUCACCCUGCAGUAUUAACAUAAGCAGAUGGUUAGAGAGAACAUAUCAUAAGAUCAGUGUAUUUUCCAGCCAAGGAGGUAGACAAAAUGUCUAUUACUCCUAAAAGUUUGAAAUACAAGUUGAAACAAAAUACAAAAGAAAAAUAAGCAUAUUAUCAAAAACAAUUUUUUUUUUUUUUUUUUCUUUACAGUAUCAGAAAAUGGCUAUGGCCUUGUUUAUAUGGUGCUUGACUUAUGAUUUUGCCAAUAUUAAAUGCAUGUUAAACUUGCAGACUGGACUGACCAGAAAAAUCUGGUGUGGUGUUCUGCUCAUGUGCUAAAAUAUGUUUGUAUGAUAUAGUUGUUUUAUAUCACCCUACCGAGAACCAAAGGAGUUAUGUGACAAAAUAACCAACAGUCAAAAGUCAUCAACUUGCACUGUACAGCAUAUUUUAUUGUAUGAGAAAGAGAUAUAUGUUCUCUUUGUAGCAUAACAGUCCGUAGUAAUGUGAUAAUUAUUUGAAAUGAAAGGUUGAUUUUUUUAAUUUGCAUUUCAGUUCAGUAUCAAUUUUGACCAAAUAUCAAAGUAAUAUAUAUGCUGUAGAGGAAUUACAUUUCGUACCCUGAAAAUAAUCAGAUUUAGUGCAGUGAACACAAAAUUCUUUAUAGUUGAAGUGAAGCAAUAUUUGCAAUUGUUCUAUGUUCCCUUACUUAUUUACACAUAUAUAUAUAUAUUAUUUCUGUCUGAUCAAGUAAUGUCACGACAUGCUUUGGUUUUCUAAUGUUGGGAUGUGUCGUUUAGGGUUUUUAAAAAAAUGAUAAAAUCAACAUAAGGAACUUGUGCCAAAAAAUAGUUUUUCACUCUUUUGCAUAAUAUGAUAAAUUAAUAUGCUGGAUAUAUUAUUGCAUUAGUCUGCUGGAACAAGUGAUAUUGAAUAUUGGUAUUGAUACCUUGAUAACUCCAUUAGUAUGCUGCAUAGUGGUAUGUGGGAAUACACCGGAAAUAAAUGUGUUUAUAGUCUAUGCAUGUCAUAAAGCUGUCAUAUUCCAUGGCAGCUCAUGACACCUGUUCUACACCCUGUAGGAAUGGAAUAACACUGGAAGGAACUCUGUACAUAAAAUCUUUCACAUUAAGUCGGCAAAUUCUGCUUCCUUCAUAUAUAAUGUAGGCAGCAAAAGGGCAGCGUUAUCGCAUGAUUUCAUCCCAGAUAGUAAACUGACCGACCCUUCUGCAUAUUUAUACGGCAUGUUGGUGGAUUUUGAUAAAAGCUUUUCUUAAUGGUGACUAGAAAUCAGGUUUAUGAAAAAAAUCUAUAUUAAUGGUCCUGACAGCUAUCUCAUUGUGUUGUGUAAUGUUAUAGUCACUUGAAGUGGUGGAACUAGUGAAUCCUCCAAAUGCUGGUAGAGAUGAUCUAUGGAUUGAGGUGAGCUGAGUGCACACAGCAGUUAGCUCAUGUUAAUCUGGGGAAAUGUUAGGUGAUAUGUGAAAUAACCCUUAAGAUCUACAAAUGUCGGAGUUGCAGAAUACCUUCAGUUUGGCACCGUGUCAUGGUGGCCUGUUAUGGAUCAUGAUAUUCUUACUAUGUCGGCAAUGGUGAAAGGAUCAAGAAUAGGCAGGACAGCAGAAAAACAGAAACAUGUUCUCUCAAGCGGAGUCGUGAAGGUUUGAAUUGCCAAGGUGUCACUGUAUUCUGCCAGCAGAGCUGAUAUACGGAGAUUUAUUGUACCUUUUCCAGGUAACAUGUAACAGUUACUAACCGAGACUGAGAGGUUCAAGUAAGAUGAUCACUCGUGUACGUUUUUUGGUUUGUUGUUAAACGCCGCACUCAGCAAUAUUCCAGCUACAUGACGGAGGUCUGUAAUUGGAGUCUGGACUAGACAAUCCAGUGAUUGACAUCAUGAGGAUCGAUCCAUGCAAUUGGGAUACGAUGACAUGCAUCAACCAAGUCGGCGAGCCUGACCAACCGACAGUUAGUUGCCUCCUACGACAAGCAGUCACCUUUUACAGCAAGCAUGGGUUGCUGAAGACCUAUUCUACCCCGGAUCUUCACGGAUGUACAAUGCACCUUCUCGAGUGUCCAUCUAUCUUGAACAUCAAGGUCAGUAAC